AGUCAAAGCUUACUUCCAUUUCAGUCUUCUUACACCUGAAAUAGAAUCAUAUAAGUUAGAGCAUCAGACAACAUUGAUGUGAAACAAAUUUUGGCUUCGGAUGCAUCAUCAAUAUUUGAGAACUGAGAUUAAUGGCAAAACUUUCCAACGCUCUUCAAAAGUAUUUCCAUCAACAUGGGAAAGCAUAAAAACUAAAAAUAAGAAAAGUAGUCAUAUAUUGUGGUGAGAAUAGAAAAAUGAUGGAAAAGGAUUUAUGUCAGAAAUAUAAAGGAUUGACUUUUCCUUAAAGAGAUGCCAAAAGAAAUAAAAUCAUCAUUUCACUGUGAUAUCUGUGAAAAGUCAUUUUCUCAAAAAGGUCACCUGACUACUCACAAACAUAUUCACACAGGUGAGAAGCCAUAUCAUUGUGAUAUCUGUGGUAAUUCGUUCUCUCAAAUAAAUACCUUGACUAAACAUAGACAUAUUCAUACAGGUGAGAAACCAUAUUGCUGUGAUGUUUGUGGUAAAUCAUUCUCCCAAAUAAACAACUUAACUAGACACAAGCGUAUUCAUACAGGGGAGAAACCAUAUCACUGUGAUAUCUGUGGUAAAUCAUUCUGUCAGAAUGGUAACUUAACUAUUCACAAACGCAUUCAUACUGGAGAGAAACCAUAUCACUGUGACAUCUGUGGUAAAUCAUUCUGCCAAAAUGGUGAAUUAACGAAACAUAAAUACAUUCAUACAGGUGAGAAACCGUAUCACUGUGAUAUCUGUGAUAAAUCAUUCUCUCAAAAAAGUCACUUAACAACACAUGUAGCUAUUCAUGCAGAAGAAUAAGUCAAAAUUACUAGAUACACCAACAAAAAGAAAUGGAAAAAAUUUGUUCAACAAACAUUAAAUGAUAUGCCAUUGCAAUCUGUAUUUAACACAACCACCAAGAUUUAUUAUAUAAAAAAUAAAUAGCUUAUCUAACUCCUAAUGUAUUCACUAGGGAAGAAUAUAUAAACUGUGAUAACAGCUUCCUUACUCUAACCAGAUCUACAUUGAUAUUGGUGAGAUAACUUAUCAAGGUGUACUUUAAAAAAAAAAAA